UUGGGUUUCUCGCCCUUGGACAUCAGCAAACCAGACAGAUGCUGCCUGUCCUAUUCAGUUGCUUCAGCAUUUUGUGUGGGUUAAAGAGAAGUAUCUAGUUUUGAACCUGUUGGUAUGGAACUUCAGACUUCCAUAUCUCCUGGCCAAUGAGAAGAUGGAGUGGCCUGGAUGGUGAUGAUACCUUUUUCAAGUAAUGCCUCAUGGGUAUACUACCAAUGGUGAUGAGGGACUUUCCAUGGCCUGUUGUGCUGAGUCCACUACUCUCUGCAGCUUCUUACAUUCCUGGGCAAUCAAAUGGCCACACUAGACCAUGAUUCAAUAACUAUGGAUAGUUCCAACAGUACAUCUGCAGACAUUUAUUAGAGUUUUUGGUGACACAGAAUCCAGUCUAUUUUUUGACAGUGAGCAAAUUAAUCAUAGUUUCACUUCAAUUACUUAUACAUUUCUUAAAUGGACGAGUACAUCUCCCACUCUCACAGUGCAUUUGUGAAGCUGCUUACCUCCCUUUGUUCUGAUUCUUCUACUGACUAGUGACCCACCAAAAACAAUUUUUAUCAAAGCCACUAGUAGUUUUUCAGAGCUGUCAAAUCUUUCCUGUUGUAAAGAAAGCCACUGAAGAUAACUCAUAAUAAAAACUCUUCAAAUCUGCAUCAUUAUAGUAAUUAGCAAUGUACACAUAAUCAGGUCUUCCUGUCAUUGUCAAAGCUUUAUUACCCAGAGAGGAUAUAAGUUCAGGCUAGGGCUAACUGUAGUUGUAUAAAGAUUUAGCACAACUUGUACCCUCUUAGUAAGUUGGUGUGCAAGGUUAGGACCCAUAAAAUCCAGGGAAAUCUAGAGAGAUCGAUUCAAAAUUGGCAGGAUGUAGGGAGCAGAAAGAUAGUGGUUGAAGGUUGUUUCUCCAAAUGAACAAAGCUUGUGGAAUUAGUGGGUGACAUAAAAUUAGGAGAUGCUGAUAGUGAAAAAGGUUAUUGUGUAUUUCUGAUCAGUUUGGGAAAUGGACUGAAGAGUGGCAAAUGAACAUCAGUACAGAUAAGUGUGAGAUGAUACAAUGUGGAAAGUCAAACUAGCACUGGACUUAGACUACAGUUGGCAAGGCACUCGGGAAUGUAGUGGAACAGGAGGAGCCCGGAGUUAUAACUGCAUAUCAGUGAAAGAGGUAGACAGUGGUGAAAAAAAACUUUCAGCACACUGGCCAUCAUCAGACACAGAGUGCAAAAACAAAGGAAUGCUGCAAGAUAUAGAAGUAUAAGCUGUGGGUGAUAAUGGAGGAAGAUGGGCAGAUGAAAUCUAAAGGGGGAGGGGACAAGAAAGGACAAGAGAAGAAACCCAUGUGGAUAGGUGUACAGUGGGCAGGUGAAACCAGGUGGAUGAAUUGCACUAGGUGUCUGCACUGAUAUUGUUUAUUUACCUUGAUCUAUGAAGACCAAUGUCCCAAAAGCUUUCUUUACAACCUUAUCUACCUGUGAUACUACUUACGAGGAAUUAUUCAGAUUCAGUUUAUUGUCAUUUAGAAACCACAAAUGCAAUGCAGAUAAAAAAUGAGACAACGUUCCUCCAGAAUGAUAUCACAAAAGCACAUGACAAAACAGACUACACCAGAAAAUCCACAUAACGUUUGGCAAUCCCCAAUCCAGAGUCCAGAGAGGCUGCUGCAUAUUAAUAUCGCGCUACUGUCUAGUGCAUACCCCAGAAAGGAGCUCCAAAUCCACCAGACAAAAACAAGACCAAAAACUAAAGCUACAAGACCUGCACAAAACCACAUAAUUACAACAUAUAUUUACAACAAUGCAAACAAUAGCAUAAUUGAUUAAAAAAAAACAGACUAUGGGCACAGUAAAAAUAUUCCAAGAUGUUAAAGGACUGUAAGUUCAAAAGAAAUCACCACAGUUUCCACAAGUCCCCAGGGUCCCGAUAGACUCGCCAUCCCACACCAGCAGCAGAAGGGAGUACCCCCGCUAUGGACUUCCAAGGUGCCGCCUGACUCAGCCUCGCAGACGCAGCACACGAUGGAAGCUCUGUCGAAACCAGCCUCGCAGAUGUAGUACACACUGAAAGCGACCUGAGCCCGUCGAACCUCCGAGCCGAGGACCAUCCCCUCCGGCACAGCUUCUCUGAGCACCAUCCUCUGCUGAGCAUAUUAUGACAGCCCCACCAAUGGCCACCGGCAAUGCGACCCCAAGGACUGGGGGCCUGUUCUUCCCAGCAGAGUCCCGGACCUCACAGCAGCAGCAGCAACGAAGGAGGUCUUCCUGGAAUUUCCCAAUUUUUUCCGUGCUUCCACGUCCGUUUUCAAUCGAUUAUGAUUGCACACAGCACCCCACUUCACAAAUAACAGAUAAUCAGUUCCGGAAUGGCCGCUGCAAGCUGCGUUGUGCCGCCAUCUUGGAUCUCUAUUAUGGACCUCUAUUCACAGAUCCCUCAGUUCCACUUGUUAUGAUCCCAGCCCCCUCCUUUGUGAGAAUUGCAAGAGCACCCGUUUUGGGGGGGGGGGGGGGGUCAGAAGACCCAGGAAGUGAGAGAGAGAGAGAAACGUGCCAAAUUGCAUGUCCCACCCGGGAUACAGAACAAGACCUCAGCGACUAUUGUCUCAUGUAGACCACGUGAAAAGCCCUCGGGCAAGGUGGGCUGGUUGAGAGAGAGAUUGCAUCAUCCCAACCUGAUUGACACCUGCGAUCCCGUGAGGAAGUAUAAAGGAGAGUCUCAGGGGGACAGCCCCCUCAGACGCACCAAGAAGACACGAGAGAGUGUUCCCGCAGCAGCGGGAAGCCAUUCUGAAGGAAGCCACGUGCGUUAGAUUCCGGGAUUGGAAUUUGUGGCUGGAAUCACAGAAAACCACUUUUAACUAACAUUGGGGAGAGGAAACCAAUGCUCCCCCCAAUUUCACGGAAGCUUCAUCAAGACUCGGCAAGUUCUUUCUCUUCUCCCCCAAUCUCUCUCUCUCUCAGUCACCCCACAUGAAACCCAGCGAUUUUCAAAGGGCUGAGGCCGGCAGACUUUCUGAGUGACUUUUAUAUUUCCAACGGACUAUCUAUUAACCCCUAGACAACAGCAGAGCUCACUUCUUAAUGAUGAUUAUUACUAUACCCGCGCUUUAGAUUGAGUGUUGACGAUGUGCACUAUCUGAAUGUAUGUAUUAACCUUACUUUUGUGCCCCUUUAUAAAUAAAAACGUUUGAAAAUAGUGACAUCAGACUUCAACGGACCUCUCUAUCUUUGCUGGUAAGUUCUCCAGUUACGGGAUUUGUAACAGUUGGGGUUCUCGUCUCGGGAUUUGACACCAAAUUGGGAGGCCAGUGAAUCAGGCUUGUAAAUCAAACACUUGAAUCUGGUUACGUGGGUAGACAGACGGGAAACCAGCAAAGAUGGACGUGGGUGAACUUAUGGAAAACCCGACGGUGACAAGCUAGAGGCGGCCACAAAAUCAGACUUGUUAAAUUUAGCGAAGGGGUUGAACCUCACAGAAGUGAGGUCGUCCAUGAAAAAGCGGGAGGUACGAAGGGCCAUAACUCAGUAUUACGUUGAGAAGAAUGUGUUUGAAGAUGAGGUAUUGGAAGAUAUCCCUGACAAAGUACCAUCAAGUGGGACGGUUCAGUUCGAGGUGGAGAAAUUAAAGUUGGAACGUGAAAUUAAGUUAAAAGAGCUGGAAGCGGCUGAGAGAGAGAGAGAGAGAGAGAGAGAGAGAGAGAGAAAGGGUUGAGGGAAAGAGGGAAAGGCAAGAGAGAGAGAGGGAAAGGCAAAGACAGCGUGAAAUUCACCUAAAGAAGCUAGAAGCAGAAGAGAAAGAGAGGGAAUGGGCCGAGAAAGAGAAACAGAGGCAACAUGACCGGGAAAUUGAGAAGAUGAGAAACGAGCGAAGAGAUCAAGGGUUAGACCAAGCGGAGCGGUUUAAUGUUAGUAGGGAGUUGAGAUUGGUGCCCCCGUUCAAGGAGACAGAUGUCGAUAGUUAUUUCUUGCUUUUUGAAAAGGUGGCAGUAAAUCAGAAGUGGCCAAAAGAGCAGUGGGUGGCGUUGUUACAAAGUGUGUUAAAGGGGAAGGCCCAACGAGCAUAUGCGGCGUUGUCCCUGGAGGAGGGAAGAUCGGAGAAUUAUGAUGAGGUAAAAAAGGUCAUUCUCUGGACUUACGAAUUGGUACCUGAGGCCUAUAGACAAAAGUUUAGAAAUUUAAGGAAAAGGUAAAUCAAACGUAUACCGAGCUAGCCCAUGAAAAGGGGGUGCUCUUGGACCAUUGGUGCACCGCGGAAAGGGUGGACAAGGAUUAUGGGCAUCUCAGGGAGUUACUUUUGAUUGAGGAAUUUAAAAGUUGUGUUCCGGAGGAGAUCCGGAUGUAUUUGAAUGAGAAACCGGAUAAGUCCAUGUCAGAAUUUGCUAGGUUUGCGGACGAAUAUGUCCUAACCCACAAGACAAAGACUUCCUCGAAUAAAGGUCCCCAGAGAGACAGAGGUCCCACCGGGAGCUAGCGGUAAGGUUGAGGGGGAAAGGCAAGACGGCCAGAGGGUCCAGGUUUGACCUGUUUUAAUUGUGGAAAGGAGGGGCACAUUGCAUCUCGAUGCUUUGCUCCGAGGAAGGAGAUAGGAAGAGGGAAAGCCGCAGUCCCUAUCAGGUGUGCCGUGAUAAUCAGCAAAUCGACCAGAGAGCCGAGGGUAGACAGAGUACGAGAAGGCUCUGGGUGUUGUCUGUCACACAGAACCGUGUCUGUGACGGAGGAAGACACACCAGUUCCCGUUUGAAUCUGGAGGGAUACGGGCGCUGAACUAUCCCUGGUUAGCCGUAAGGUACUAGAAUUUGGUCGGGAAACGGGCAUGGUAAAGGUGGAAGGAAUAAAUAAACGGAUAGAAAUGGUGCCCUUAUAUAAGGUCAUUCUGGAUUGUGAGCUGGUGUAUGGAUCAGUUGAAAUAGGGGUGCCAUCAGAAUUCCCGAGAGCUGACGUGGACAUCCUGCUGGGGAACAACUUAACAGGGGGUAAGGUUUGGUCAGCCAUGCUGCCAACCUGGCGACCGGCAAGUGUGGUGGCCCCACCCCUAGCGCCCAAGGACCAUCUCGCCGGCGUGGUCACUCGCAGCAUGUUGAGAGAGACAGCUGAGAACGAGAGCAGUUUAAAUCUGGCCCAUUUUGAUUUGGCCGAGACGUCUUCGAUGACCCUGUGCCAUGAGGGUUUAGAGGGUGGUAAGACGAAGAGUAGUAAAGUGAAAGGGCGUAAGGGAAAGGAGAUAGAUCUCCCUUUAGCGAAGAGAAAGGUCCUAAAGGUAGGAAAUAAAGAUGAGGAACAGAUAAAGCUGUUAAAAGGUCCGGAGUUGGACAUGGAUGAUCUGUCUGGUUUGGCAGAAUUGUUUGAAGAACUUGAGAGUUCUAAAGGUGUUCCCGAUAAUGAGAGGAGGGCAGUCCUAGAUGGAAAGGGUACCCUUGCCUCGAAGGAGUCUGCUGAAAGGGCCGAGGAGGUUGUUUCAGCUCGCAGGGUUGCGCCUUCCCUGGGUGAGAGCUGCCCAGAGCGUAACUGGGAGAAUCGGGGGAAGUUAGAAUUUGAAAAAGUUACGGGUGUUGAAAGCCUGGAAGAGGCAAAUGUCCCGUUUGAGUGUGUCCGAGAUGGGGAUGCACGUGGUGCUGAACCUGGUAAAGGAGCUCAGAAGAAGUCUGAGGUAUCUGAUUCAGGGGAACGGGGCAGCUGUCCUUGUGGGUCAGAUAGACUUGAUUCAGUGGAAAAAGGGUUAACCUUGGUAACCAGGGGAAGUGUGAGUUCCCUGGUGUUUGUACUCAAAGGUGGGUUCAAAGUUAAAGCAGAAUUUAAGAAUGGGGGGAUGAUUGUUGUUGAAGGAAACGGAAAGUCUGUAGUUUCCAAAUCGAAGGAAGAAAUCUUGAGCCUGGCAGAUCGCUCACAGAGUGAGCCGGGGGAUAGCGGGGACCCCCACUCUAUUGUUAUGCCAGGAUGGGGUGUGAAGAGGCCACCUUCGACAUGCUACUUGAGCGAAGAGUUAGAAUCAAACACCAACAGCCUGAAGGGGACUGAUAAAAGGGCCAGCCACCUGGGUAAAAUCAAAGAAUUGGGUGGAGAUGGUCUGGGGCAUGGUGUUGCAAAAAUAACCCCAAUGAACGGGGCGGACGGGAGUUCACCACCUUCUCCCGCAAAGCCAAUGUCUAAUCCAAUUUUCUGCCUCAUCUUGAGUGCCGAGCAACUGAAUAUUCUUGACCAAUCUCCCAUGUAUGACCUCGGCAAAGGCCUUUCAGAAUUCCAUGUUGGCAACAGCCAUUGCCUUUCCUUAAUCGACUUUCAUGGUAACCUCCCUGAAAAAUGA